CAGUCGGAUAGAUAUUUCAAAUCAGGCAUUUCGCUUCGCAGCUUGCAGUGAACAGAACAUAGAAUCAGAGCCCAGAACACAGGAAAGUGAAAUAAAAUUGUACUUCUAUGUUGCUGCUGGAAGUUGGAUCAGCACUCUGGUAGGAAAGAUGAAGUUGUCAAGUGGAGAGUACAGUCUACGCCCUUACGAUUGCAUUGUUUGGAUAUCUGUUUUACUAGUCGCGUCUUCUUUCGUUGCUGAGUUACAAGACUUUCCCGAUUCUCCCUUCAGUCAUAAGCAAAACUUUUUGAAUAGAAUUGUAGUUGGUUUCGGAUGGGGAAUUGUUUUGGCUUUCGUGUCUGUACAGUCUCUAGUUACAACCAGAAUUAUAGGAUGUGAUGACUGGCCUCGGAAGCUGAAGGGAACGGCCAUUCGCCUGGCGGUCAACUCCACGCUGUGGUACGUUCUGACAGCAGCGAUGACUUUCGUCAGGAACAAGACUGGCUACUGCAUCAGCAUCAGCAACAACAACCUUACGGAACAGAACAUCACUACAGAUAUGUCCUACAAGGAAUGCAUGAUAGGUGGUGGCGAGUGGUCUGGCUUCGACGCGUCAGGGCACGUUUUUCUUAUGGCAUUGAACAUGCUGGUGAUGGUCGAGGAGGCUGCUGUGUUUCGGAUUGCGAGAAUUCUGCGCAACGCAGUUGCGCGCGACAACUUGCACAUUCAGCUGAUCCGCCAACGCUACACCAAGUGCUCGACGGUACUCUGCAUUCUAAUCGUGGGUAACUAUGUGCUUCUUGCGCUAUGGACAUGGACGAUGCUCACUACCUGCUUCUACUUCCAUACAUUCCUGGAGAAAGUCAUUGGCUUCUUCUUGGCAAUACUGGCAUGGCGCUUGGCAUAUAAAAACUUUCAGCAUUUCGCAUGCUCGCCUGGAUUUGCGGAGGCUGAGCCGACAGUCCUCAAGUAUAUACCUAAAGAAAUUGUUGGCAUCAAAUCUGCAGGUGCGGCUAGUACUAGUGAAGCAGAAACAGGAACGAGUCGUGUAUUGCUUCUGGUAGGCUCGGGGCUCAGUCUACUGAUGACGAUGGUGAUACUUCAAUUGACUAUUAUAUUGAAGAAGGUGCCCACUUAGAUCUAGACUGUUAUUCUAUUCUGUUUUUUUAUCAACUCCUGAUUCUUUAGCAUGCAGCUGUAUUUCUUCAUUUAGGCGUGUGUUUGCAACUGUGUGUUCUCCUUUUCUUCCGUGUGUGCUCGAACUGUAUGAGUGCAUGUGUAUCCAAAGAUGCAGUGGAUCAUUCUCUGUUUACAUUUCUUGUUUUUAUAGUGGCAUCCCAUAUUCAACUUCUUAUCUAUUUAUUUUUAUCACCUGCCCAAAAUGGAAAUCAUCAUUCAACGGUUGUACUCAUCGUAUGGAGAAACAGGAAAACCCUGUUCUCUUUACCAAGUUUUUUUACGACAAUGAUCACUUGAUAUUAGGCACCGUUGCUGACAGGUCGGUGGCACUCUCA